UUUCCAGAGUAAAUUUUUAGUUGCAUUCGUGAAUUCAACAUCAAUGGUUAAUAGCAGAAGAAGACAAGCAACAGUUGUAGAAAAACUUGUGCCAUCUACAGAUAUAAUAAAUUGUGUUUAAAAUUCUUUAUUUACUCGUUGUUAGGUUUGCUGUUAAAACACAACAUUAACAGCGAAAGGAAAGUUUUGUGAAAGUUCAUUUCAUUUUGAGUUUUUUCUUUCUAUUUUUUGAUAUUCUUUCCUGAUAAACCGGUGAAAAAAAGUGCAGUUUUCCAUUUUCUUUUUUUAACUUUUAAUUUCAAAGUAGAAAAAAUUAUUAAAUAACGACAAUAUGUUAUUCAGCAAUAAUCACAAUAACAAUAAUGCAGUAAUAAAAUGUAAUUUAAAUCAUAACAUCUGUAAUGAAUCGUGUCUGCAAGUGGCAACGAAUGUUACUGAGCAGAAGCAUAAUGUUACUCGAGAAAUUAGAGGGAGAAAUCUAGGUUUAUGCCGUGGCUUUCGUGGUUGUACCGUUUGGUUAACUGGCCUCAGCGGUGCGGGUAAGACCACAAUUGCCUUCGAAUUGGAAGCAUAUCUUGUAUCGCGUGGUAUACCUGCGUAUGGACUGGAUGGCGAUAACAUACGAACUGGAUUAAAUAAAAACUUGGGGUUUACACCGCCCGAUCGCGAGGAGAAUAUUCGCCGUGUUGGAGAAGUCGCUAAACUAUUUGCGGACAGUGGUGUAGUAGCCAUUUGCAGUUUUGUUUCACCUUUUACCUACGAUCGAAAAAUGGCUCGCAAAAUCCAUGAGGACUCCGAUCUGAAAUUUUAUGAAAUUUUUGUUAACACUCCUUUAUCAGUCUGCGAGUCACGCGAUGUUAAAGGAUUGUAUAAAAAAGCACGCGAAGGCGCCAUAGAAGGUUUCACCGGCAUUACGCAGGAAUACGAAGAACCCACAGAUCCUGAACUUAUUGUUAGUACAGAUGGAUUUACAGUCAAGGAGUCGACACAGAGCGUUAUCGAUUUACUCGAGACCGAGGGUAUCAUUCCAAAAACGUUAAAAGAUGUUGGAAGACUACCCGAAUUAUUUGUAAAACCUGAACACAAAGAUGCUCUUAUACAUGAAGCAAAAUCGUUACUUAGCCUAUCAAUUACCACUGUGGAUGUACAAUGGGUACAAAUUUUAGCAGAAGGCUGGGCUUAUCCAUUGAAGGGUUUCAUGCGCGAGGAAGAAUAUUUGCAGACUUUGCAUUUCAAUUCUAUUCUCAGCCAUGAUGGUGCCUCCCGUCAUAACCAAUCAAUACCGAUAGUUUUGCCACUGUCAAAUGAAGCUAAAGAAAGAUUGGCCGACCAAUCAUCGUUAGCGCUUACUUACAAUAAUAAACUUGUGGCGAUAUUACGCAAACCUGAGUUUUACCAUCACCGUAAAGAGGAACGUGUAUGUAGGCAAUUCGGCACAAAUCACCCUGAUCAUCCGUACAUAAAGAUGAUUCUAGAAUCGGGUGAUUAUUUAGUCGGUGGUAAUUUAGAAGUGCUCGAACGUAUACAAUGGCAGGAUGGUUUAGAUGAAUAUCGCUUAACGCCAAACGAACUGCGAAAAAAAUUCAGAGAAAUGAAUGCCGAUGCGGUGUUUGCAUUUCAAUUACGUAAUCCAAUACACAAUGGACAUGCUUUAUUAAUGCAAGAUACUAAGCGGCAGCUGUUGGAACGUGGAUUUGAAAAACCUGUGCUACUAUUGCACCCUCUUGGUGGAUGGACCAAAGAUGAUGACGUCCCUUUGCCAAUUCGAAUGGCACAACACCAGGCAGUACUUGACUCGGGUGUGCUUAAACGAGAAGAUACUGUCUUGGCAAUAUUCCCUUCACCGAUGAUGUAUGCUGGACCGACAGAAGUACAAUGGCAUGCUAAGGCACGAAUGAAUGCUGGUGCCAAUUUCUACAUAGUAGGCAGAGAUCCAGCCGGUAUGCCCCAUCCCAAUAAACAAAUGUACCACGAUGGGAACUUGUACGACGGAACGCAUGGCUCACGUGUUCUCAAAUUAGCUCAAGGAUUGGAUAAUUUAGAGAUUCUGCCCUUUCGCGUAGCAGCUUACGAUCGAAGUUUGGCAUGCAUGGCUUUCUUCGAACCGAAACGUAAAGAAAAUUUUGAGUUCAUAUCUGGCACAAAAAUGCGCACACUAGCCAAAACUGGCUCCAAUCCUCCAAUUGGCUUUAUGGAACCAAAGGCUUGGCAAAUUUUGGCAGAAUAUUAUAAAUCAGUAGUACAAAAUUAACUGUGAAACCCCCCUUUGUUCAAAAAAAAAAAAAAAAAAAAACUGCUCUAAAUAGAGUUCAGUACUGUCAAACCAAAUAGUGCAUUUUCCUGCAAAUUCUAACGUCUUAACAUUUUUGUUACUUUUGCAUUGCUAAGAUCACCACACUUGUCGUUUACAUUACUUUUAUUUAACUAACAUUGUUUCAAUUUAUUUUUUGCCUUUUAUUCGCCUUUACGAAGACAAUGGCUUUUAUUGCAUCUAUUGGACAAUAAAUAUUGUUAUUUUCCUGUUCAUUAUCUUGUGGAUCAAAGCAAUUGAAUUUAUGUUAUGUUUGUUUAUGUAUUUUGCACACAUAAUAUACUU